AUGUCAUCUAUUUGUGUGAAAGGUCGCAAAGCUCUUGAUAGGCUUCGUUCGACCUUCGACCUUAUGAAGCUUGACACAGGAUAUGCGGAAGAUAAGCCUAUGAGGGAGACACCUCUGACAGAGACACAUAUAAAAGAGAUAACCACGAAGGAGACACCUGUGACAGGCGCACCAGUCGAGGAAAUACAUGUGAAGAAUGCGCCUCUAGUUGAUGCCCGCAACGAAACCUGCGACAAUCUCAAUGAGAUAUUGAUGUCCGUUUUGGACCAAGAAAGUCUAUACCUUGGGAAUGAAGCAGCAAGAAGUUUCUACAUCAUAUUAAAUGAUCUUCAGCUGGAGGAAACCAACGAUCUCGCAGACCCAGAUAAUUUCUGCUUUUUCAGCCCUAUGCCAUUAGCUCGCUUGGAAUCUUUCACAUUUGACAAGAGCGACGAAGAUACAGAGAGAUUUCUACAUAGAUUUGGCCGCUGGGAAGGACUAUCUCGACCUCAAUCUGGAGAGCCUUUGAUGAGGAAUGCUAGAGCUCUUAUAGGCAAGCUUCGUUGGCUAGUUGGAGCCUGCAAACGAAUCUUUCCAGACGAAGAUCGGAAAAGCUACCUCCUUAAAGCAGUAAACUGGAGGUAUAUUUUUUUUUGCCCCGAGAUACUGGACGAAGAUCUUUACGAUAUGCUAGACAGUGCUAGCAGACGCAGGGCUAUCAUACCUGACGGCAUCGGCACAUUUGUUAAGAUGUUCGAUAUUACCGAUGGAUAUAUCGCUUGGCCUCCGGAUAUUCGUGCUGACCAGCCACAUGUCAUUAUUAUGAUCGACCAUAAAUACCCUGGUGAUGAUAUGAUUUCACGAGCAGAGAUUCUAGCAAUUAUUGCCGUUAUAAUGACACAACUCCAACAUGAGAACCUCGCAGAGCACUGCAUUAUUCCGGUAAUGGUAGUCUCAUUUAUGGAUUCUCUGCAAGGAAGGAUCUUGCAGGCUCAUAUGACAAAUAGCGGGCUUAUCAUCAAAAAGUCCAAACUGUACGAUUUCGACAGACAGGCCGACUUUGAAAAGUCUAUGACUUUAUUCUCGAGAUACAUGGCAUGUGAUAGGAUUGGAAACACUCGCAAAUUUGUGAAAUUUGACAUGAAUGCCCGCGACAUGUCUAUACGUGCAGCGACAACCGCCGCUCGUAAGUCGAAAGAUGUUACGUCUGGCGCAGAGAACACCAUGGGUUGA